AAGUACAAAGAAGGCCAAGUCUAGCUCCAGAUAAAGGAGAUCGAGGCUGUCUUAUAACUCAGCUAGCUGAAAGAUCGAGUUUACUUGUCUGAGAAACAAUGUAAGCACUCUUUGAUCUAUCCCUUCUAAUUAUGGCCUCUCAGGGAGACGCUUCUUCCUCUGGUUCUGUCACCCCUCCAUAUAGACAUGAUGUGUUUCUGAGCUUCAGAGGUAAAGAUACACGUUCUGGUUUUACGUACCAUCUGUACAAGGCUUUAGAGAGGGAGAAAAUCAAGACGUUUUUUGAUGAUCGUACGCUCAAGAGAGGAGAGAAUAUAUCAACAGCACUUCUUCAGGCAAUUGAAGUUUCAAGAAUUUCCGUGGUGAUAUGCUCCGAAAACUACGGUUCGUCAGGUUGGUGUUUGGAUGAACUUGUCAGGAUCCUUGAAUGUCAAAAAUCAAAGCAGCAGGUUGUUAUUCCAGUUUUUUACAAGGUGGAUCCAGCACAUGUACGACAUCAAAUUGGUAGCUUUGGUGAAGCCCUUGCCGGGUUGAAAUACAACGAGGACAAGGUUCCCAAAUGGAGGGCAGCUCUUACACAAGUAGCAAAUUUGUCUGGAUGGACUUACGUGAACGGGUAUGAAUCUGAUUUUAUUGAGAAGAUUGUUAAAGAGAUAAAAGAACUGGCUGGCCUCCACGACCAAAAGAAGAAAGAAGAUGUUCUCGGCUUCAACCACCAAAGCAAUAAGGACUCGACUGGCCUCGACCACCAAAAGAAGAAUAGAAAUGGGGCGGACCUCUACAAUCAGGCUGUGCUUGAAGUCCAAAAUUUUUUACAUGGGGCGGACGUCAACGUUAAUCGGUCCUCGCUUGAAGUUGAGAAUAAUCUAAAUGGGGCAGAGCUCUACAAUCGUGCCUUUCUUGAGGUUCAGAGGAAAAUAAAUGGUGCGGACCUCUACAAUCAGGCCUAUCUUGAUGUUCUGAACAAAAUAAAUGGAGGAGGAUAA